CAUCAUCAAACAGCAGCCGGUCCGAUCAUGGAUGGGUUGGUAGGCAUCUUGAAGGUGCGUGUGGUGCGUGGGAUCAACCUCGCAUACCGCGACGCAAGAGGCAGUGAUCCAUAUGUUGUCCUUCGCCUCGGCAAGCAGAAAGUGAAGACAAGUGUGAAGAAGAGAUCCGUGAACCCUAUCUGGCAUGAAGACCUAUCCCUGUCGAUCACAAAUCCUAAUGCACCAAUCAAGCUUGCGGUGUUCGACAAGGACACCUUCAGCAAAGACGACCCGAUGGGAGACGCGGAGAUCGAGGUAGAGCCCUUGGUGGAGUUCCUGCACAUGGCCACCGAGGACAUGCGGAACGGCACCGUGAUGCGCUCGAUUCGGCCGAGCAGCCGGAACUGCCUCGCGGAGGAGAGCAAGGUGUGCUGGAAGAACGGGAGGUUCGUCCAGGACGUGAUCCUGCGCCUGAAGAACGUCGAGAGCGGCGAGAUACAGCUGCAGCUGCAGUGGGUGAGUAUGCCCGGCAGGAAGUGAUCCACGGCCGAUGGAUCGAU